AUGUCAUCCAACUCUACUAUCACCGCUGGCAGCCAUUACCAGCCGUUGGCCACAACGCCUACGGUUCCAACCAUGGACGACUACUUUGACAGGAAUCUCCAGCCUUUGCUUCUUGCUCUGGCUGCAAAAGAAGACGGAGAAGAAACGGAAGAUGGUGAAGAGUUGGACUAUAGAGAUCCAACUCCUCCUCCUCAUCCUAUCGCGAAGGAUAAGUCCUCCGCUCUCAAAAUCCAUUUCCCAAAACGGAUCUGGAACGAGGUUGUUGCAGAGAGUGAGCUCGAUCGAGCGAAAGAAGUAGCAGCGAAGCCCAAGAAGAGUUCAAAGCGGUUGCGCUCGGAAAGUAUUCUUGCCGUCGCCGAAGCUGAACCGAGCGAACAAGAGGCGCAAGACAGCAGACCCAGGCGCCGACGUCGGGUCGAGACUGAGCAGGAAGUUGGGGAAAGUAGCCGCCGUGUGGGGACGACAUUGAGUUCGGGUCUUGGUGCUGCAUCGAAACGAAGCAGUCGUAUCCCUCCUGCUGCUGGUCCAAGCAGUAGACAGCCACCAGCAGAGAACCCGUAUGCUAAACAAUAUUCCAAUCAUACUCGUUCGGCAACUCUCGUCACCCGCUCGGUCCCCGCUCCCGCUCUCGCUACUACUGGAACCAAAGGCAAAGGGAAAACUAAGGCUGAACCAGCACUUGGACGAGCACCCGCGCCUGAGCGCGCUUCUGCAUCCGUACCUUGGCCGAAAUCACGGUGGCCAAACUAUGUAGGCCCCCGCACAAUGUGGCGCCGCCUCUUCCCCCAUCUCAACUGCGAGUUUAGCGAGUACAAAGGCGUACCGGACGCAUGGCGCGAAUUAAUGCUAUGGGACAAGGACCAAGGCUGCUGGAGAGCGAGAAGGCUAGAUGGUUCCGAACCAUAUGUUAAACAAGUGCUGGGAGGUAUCGGGUUCCUGAGAGCUUGGUCUGAGAGGAGGUGGGGGUCUGGAAGCGAGAUGCAGAGGGAGUGGAAUCGGAAUAGAAGGCUGGCGGAGGAAGAGGCUAGUUUUAAGGAUUGUCUCAGAACUAGAGGGUAG